AUGCACACCGCUACAACUGGACCCCCCCUGACCCACAUGCAGACGGGAGGGGGGGGUCUGACCUGGGGGGGGGGGGGGAGCAGACAGGAGGAGGCCCCUGUACACCACAGAGCAGACAGGAGGAGGCCCCUGUACUCCACAGAGCAGACAGGAGGAGGCCCCUGUACUCCACAGAGCAGACAGGAGGAGGCCCCUGUACACCACAGAGCAGACAGGAGGAGGCCCCUGUACUCCACAGAGCAGAGGUCUGAGUCCAAAAGACUGGAGCAGGACCACAAACCCAAAAGUGGAUUCAUUGAUUUUUAUCUCAAACUAAACCAUCGGAGCAGAGCGUCUCCCAUCACAACACUGCCCAGGCACGACACACACAGGAAGUACCAGGAACCAGGAAGUGCCAGGAACCAGGAAGUGCCAGGAACCAGGAAGUGCCAGGAACCAGGAAGUACCAGGAACCAGGAGGGAGAGACCAGCCUCAGGGAGAGACCAGCCUCAGGGAGAGACCAGCCUCAGGGAGAGACCAGCCUCAGGGAGAGACCAGCCUCAGGGAGAGACCAGCCUCAGGGAGAGACCAGCCUCAGGGAGAGACCAGCCUCAGGGAGAGACCAGCCUCAGGGAGAGACCAGCCUCAGGGAGAGACCAGCCUCAGGGAGAGACCAGCCUCAGGGAGAGACCAGCCUCAGGGAGAGACCAGCCUCAGGGAGAGACCAGCCUCAGGGAGAGACCAGCCUCAGGGAGAGACCAGCCUCAGGGGGAGACCAGCCUCAGGGGGAGACCAGCCUCAGGGGGAGACCAGCCUCAGGGGGAGACCAGCCUCAGGGGGAGACCAGCCUCAGGGGGAGACCAGCCUCAGGGGGAGACCAGCCUCAGGGGGAGACCAGCCUCAGGGAGAGACCAGCCUCAGGGAGAGACCAGCCUCAGGGGGAGACCAGCCUCAGGGGGAGACCAGCCUCAGGGGGAGACCAGCCUCAGGGGGAGACCAGCCUCAGGGGGAGACCAGCCUCAGGGGGAGACCAGCCUCAGGGGGAGACCAGCCUCAGGGGGAGACCAGCCUCAGGGAGAGACCAGCCUCAGGGAGAGACCAGCCUCAGGGAGAGACCAGCCUCAGGGAGAGACCAGCCUCAGGGGGAGACCAGCCUCAGGGAGAGACCAGCCUCAGGGAGAGACCAGCCUCAGGGGGAGACCAGCCUCAGGGGGAGACCAGCCUCAGGGGGAGACCAGCCUCAGGGGGAGACCAGCCUCAGGGAGAUGAGGGAGAACAACAGGGUACAGUGCUAG